CACCUAUGGAGCCAAAGCAAGUAAAAUUAAGACCCUCUUUGAUUCCAAAACUAAACCCAAUCAAGGAGCAAUCUUCCAAGAAGAGGAAGAUUGUUUCAAAAGUGUUAGUAAAGGGACAGACAAGGUCACAAGCCACAAUCCAGAAGUUCUUCAACACUAACUACAAAGUUUCUGAUUCUAACAGAGACUCCCAGAAUAAGAGAGUUAGUGUAAACUCAGGGACUAUUGCUACUACGACUAGUACUAACAAAUAAAAUUCAGAAUUUUAGCAGUAUUGGAAGCUUUGGAGAUCGGAAAUAAUAGUAAGCCUAACUUCAGGAUGCCUAAAAUUUAUGAAAUCGAGGUAUCUCCUGAGAAGCACCAAGGGCAGACUUCAUUAUCACCCGAGUCUGAUUAUGUCAACCUUGACUCUGUCCAGAGAAUGAAUCCACCCUCUCAAGCUGACAAUAUGGGAAAGAUCUUCCAAGAUCAUAACAAUCAAGCUGUGCCACUGGCCAAAGCCUUUUCGAAGAAUGCUGAAAGUAAUAAGCCCUCACAGAAGUAUCUGGAGAAGAUUCGCUCUACAAAAUAAGCUGAAUACAAAUCAGUUUGGCUCUGCAGCCAAGAUACCUACUAAAUUAACAUCCAGGGGUCCCCGUCAGACUCAUUUUAGCGAGAAAAGUUCCACCCAGAGAUCUCCGAAGGAAGGCAAGACAAUGAAGGGGAUGAAAAAGCAACUAGAAAAACUACAUAAUAAGUACAGGAAGAACCAAACUCACAAGAAUUGGUGCAAACAAGAGAAGAACUCACGUGGAAUUGAGGAAGCCCCCAAGGACAGUAAUAAAAUGCUUCUCAGGCAGCAAUUUCCCAAGAUAGUUAGAAAACCAGAAUCUUGUUUGCCUUAUGAGAGGGAUAAUUUGAUCAAAGUAACAGAAGUUCCAGCCCACCGGGCUAGAACUUCUGUGAGUUCAUCUAAAAAUGGGAAUCUGAACCUCAAACCAAAUCUUGCUGAAAUUUUAGAGAAAUCUAAAAUCAAUAACUUACUGAAGAAUCAAGAGAAUUUGGCUCAGAUUCAAAACAAGAUUAGGCAAAAUAACAUCCAGAAGAAUACAGAUUCUUCACUUCAGGAUUGACUCAAGAAGAGUAAGAAUCAAAGUGUCCAUCGGGACCACAACCGAGCAGCCACUCAGAGUGAGAAGAAAGAGCAUCGUCUACCAAGGUUCAUCAACCCUAUUGACAAGAGUCAGGAUAAUUAUGGAAGGAAGUACAAGAACUUAUCAGCUAAUUCACAGUGCUCCGUGUUGAAUAAUCAUUCUAAUUCAGCUAGCCCUGAUAAUUGCAAGAGCAAGAAACUCAGGCAAGCUCAGUUUGAGCUGAAUAAAUUGAAGGAAGAAAUCACUAAAAAGAAUAUUGAAGUCCUGGCUAUUACAAAAGAACUUCAAAAAUGGGAAAAUAAAGGCAACCCGAAUGAUUACGAAAUGCCUAUUGGGAAUAUGAAGAGAAAGAGUAGCCUAAGCCCUUAUUUUAAGGAAAAAUUGGCUGGCAACCACGAUUCAAAGGAUUUUAGGUUUAAUACUUUGAAGAAUGGAAAAAUAACGACAAAACCAAGCUUGAAAGUCAACCAUCAGCAUAAGAUUGGCCUGUUUGCUAAGAACUUGAAAGUGGUUCAAGAAGAACAAUGUAUUGCUGACUCUGAAUACAACGGUGCAAAGUGGAAGAAUCCACAUCACAAAGCUAAUCUAUCAACUCUAUAUCAGCAUAAACUAUCACCUAAGAAAGAACGCUCAAAGAAGUGUUCUCAGAACAUUAGUCAGAAUGUAGAGUCUAACGACUUUGAAAAGUGAAAGAAUCCAGAAAUCCUGCUUUCAAGGAGCAGUAGUUGUCUGGAUCUGUAUGGUAGUUUGAUGAAGUCCAAGGACAUUUGCAAUAAAAAUGUUAUGAUUGGGUCUUCUGGAACUAACAAUAAAAUCUCCAAUAAUACCAGAAACAGCCCAGAUCAGCAGCAUUCCUUACAUAAGGACUCAUCUCGGCAUGGUGUAAAAGACAGGCCUAAAUUUAGUAAAUUUCAGGUUGGAAAGAUUUCUGGGAGAAAUCUUGCUACAGACAUUAAGUCUCCAAGCUAUGAGGGCAAGCUGAAUGUGAACAUCAACAGCCUAAAGAUGAAGAAAAUGCAGUGCCAUAAGGGAAAACGUAACUUUGAGUAUACUCCUAAGGGCCAGGCUCAUACGCAGAACUCCUGUUUAGGGAUUUCAUCCAAGAGUUUUUCUAGCUUGAAAGGCAAGAGUUCCCUUGCUGAAAGAGGAACUCUUGCAGUUUCAAGUACUAAAUUUGAUGGGUUCAGAGACGACAGUGAGAUCAUAAUCAAUCCUGAGUUUGGGAAGUCCCUCAAAGCCAGUUUGAAAGCAUCAAAGCGCCGGUUGAUGCUGUUUAUUGAUAAUAACGAUAGUGUUAAUCCUGUGGCUGAGCGAUCAAAAUUUGCUGUGAAGAAGCCAAGCAAGGAAGGAAAAGGUAUUGGUGGUUUCAAACUCCAACAAAGAAGCAAGAAACAGAGGUAUGGCCAACAAGAGCCCGAAGGCACUGAACGCUUCAGUUUGGGCCUGAACAAGGAGGAUAUCGUCCAGAGUGUUGAGAAGAGCAGCUGGGAAAGCAGCCUCGGAUGCAUAGGAGACAGAAAACAGGAUGAUAUUGUUCUAUGAGAAUUCGAGCCUCUUCCAAAAUACUUCAGACAUAAAGACACGUAAAAGUGAACUUGGGCUAAUUUUUAUGUAU